AGUUUGAUCUUGCUGAAACUGGAAGCAGUAAGUGCAAAGCCAAUUUGAUCUGAAGAUUCAGAAAAGCUUUUCUUUGUCCUUUGAUUCCUAGGAGAUUCCCUUGUAUACCUACCUGGAAAAACGUGAGCUUUGUGAAUUAGGGAAUGGCUGGGAAGCUUAUGCGUGCUGUGCAGUAUGAUAGCUGUGGUGGUGGAGCUGCUGGGUUGAAGCAUGUUGAAGUUCCUGUGCCUUCUCCUACCAAAGGUGAGGUCUUGCUGAAGCUGGAAGCCAUAAGCUUGAAUCCAGUUGAUUGGAAAAUUCAGGAAGGCCCUCUUCGCCCCAUCUUUCCUCGCAAACUUCCUCACAUCCCAGCAACUAAUGUAGCAGGAGAGGUAGUGGAGGUUGGACCUGGUGUCAAGAAUUUCAAGGCAGGCGACAAAGUUGUGGCUGCACUUAGUCUUCGUGAUGGCGGUGGCUUAGCAGAGUAUGCGGUGGCUAAGGAGACCUCGACAGUUCCACGGCCGCCGGAAGUAUCCGCCGACUCCGCAGCGGCGCUGCCAGUGGCAGGAGGAACCGCCUACCAGGCCCUGACGGAGAUAGCCGGCCUCAAGCUGGACGGCACCUCCACCAGCGGCCCCAGGAAAAACAUCCUCGUCACCGCCGCCUCCGGCGGUGUCGGCCACUACGCCGUCCAGCUAGCAAAACUAGGAAACUCUCACGUGACGGCCACCUGCGGGGCCCGCAACAUAGAUUUCGUGAGGAGCCUAGGCGCCGACGAGGUUCUGGACUACAGAACCCCGGAAGGCGCGGCGCUCACCAGCCCGUCCGGCAAGAAAUACGACGCCGUCGUCCACUGCACCACCGGGAUUCCCUGGCCGACGUUCGAGCGCAACCUGAGCGAGAACGGCAGGGUGAUUGACAUCACUCCCGGCCCGAACGCGUUCGGGAGAUUUGCGUUGCAGAAGAUUACGUUCUCGAAGAAGCAAUUGGUGCCGUUGCUGUCGUUCCCCAAAGCUGAGUACAUUGAGUGCCUUGUUAAGCUGUUGAAAGAAGGGAAGGUGAAGACAGUUAUUGAUUCCAAGCAUCCGUUGAGUAAAGCUGAAGAGGCUUGGGCUAAGAGCAUCCAAGGACAUGCCACAGGGAAGAUUAUUGUGGAACCUUAAACUUAUAUUGUUGGUUUCAUAUGGAUGUUUGUUGUGUUUAUAUGUUUUCUGGAUUGUUGCAAUGUAACACAAAUCUGUUUGGUUUGUCCGUUUAAUCAAUGGCAUACUCUGAACAUAUUUAUCCGUAGACUAAUAGAUAUAUAAAUUAUCUUUCA